AUGUAUGAAGAUGUAAUUGACUUGAAAUUUCAGGGAAGGCUGCGAUUAACAAUGGCAAUGUCGACUAUAUCAAUUCCGCAACCAAGUUUCCAUGGAGAGUCUAGUGGUGAAGCACAUAAACGUAAUAAAGAUGAGAAAGAGCCAUAUGAAAGAGAAUUUAUUCAUCGAGUUUCCUUAUCUUUAUUACAGCCCUUAAAUCGUCAGAAAGUGAUGUUACGAAAGGUUCAUGAAAUAAAUGGACAUCAAUUUAUGGCUACCUUUCCGAAACAACUGACGUUUUGUUCGUACUGUCGUGAGUUCAUUUGGGGUUUUGGCAAGCAACAAGGCAUGUAUAAAUGUCGAGGUUGCUUGCGUGUAGUCCACAAAAAAUGUUAUAACUGGGUGACAACUAAUUGUUCAGUAGUGAAAGAAGAGAUUGUUGUAGUCGAAGGAAAAGAGGGAAUCCAAAUCACGCAGGCAACAGCACGCUUCAAUAUAAACGUUCCCCAUCAUUUUAAUCCUCAUAAUUAUAAAAAAACAUUGACAUUUUGUGACCACUGCGGAUCCUUAAUGUGCGGUUUCUUCAAACAAGGCUUGAAAUGCGAUGUUUGUAACAUGAAUGUUCACGAACAUUGUUAUAAAAACGUAAUGUCCAGUUGUACCCCGAAAGCUAAGGCCAAGAGCCUUCAAAAAUUAAACUUUGGUGGGAGCCAGCAAAGGCUUCCAUUAAAGACUAAAGUUAUAUCAUGCCCGUCAACGCCGGCCGCUGAUCAGAACAAAAAUAAGACAAAAAAUCAAGAUGAUAAAAAAUUUAAAAAAGAUAGAAAUGGGAGAAAAAAAGGAAAGGAAACUAAAAUUAUAAAAACAUCUUUAAGAGAUGAUCAGGCAGACGAAUUGGGCCCAAGUUGUUCAAAUCAAAACGACUCAACUAACGUCAAAGAUGAUUCGCAAUUGGAUCAAAGAGACUCAGCUUACGCCAAAGAUGACUCGCAGUUAAGUUUAAGAGAUUCAUCUAACGAAGACAAUAAAAAUAGCAAUAUAAAAAACAUUGGUGUGCAUGACUUGAAUUUUAUUAAGGUUCUCGGUAAAGGCAGUUUCGGUAAAGUAAUGUUAGCCGAACUGAAAAGUAAUCCCAAUGAGAUUUACGCCGUGAAAGUCUUGAAAAAAAGUUUCAUUAUUGAAGAUGAUGAUGUAGACUACACCAAGGUAGAAAAGAAGAUUUUAAUGCUCGCAUCAAAACAUCCUUUCCUAACGACUAUCCACAGUUGUUUCCAAACGGUUGAGCGACUCUUCUUCGUUAUGGAAUAUGUGAAAGGAGGUGAUCUAAUGUUCCACAUCCAGAAGGCUGGAAAAUUCGAAGAGCCGACGGCAUGUUUCUAUAUAGCAGAACUGACACUAGCGCUUCAGUUUCUGCAUAAACAUCACUUUAUAUACCGAGACCUGAAACUGGAAAACGUACUGCUGGAUGCAGAAGGACAUUGUAAACUUACGGACUUCGGAAUGUGUAAAGAUAAUAUAAUUGAGGGAGAAACAACAACAUUAACAUUUUGUGGUACGCAUGGCUAUAUAGCUCCGGAAAUACUUCAAGAAUUGCCGUAUGGUGCUAGUGUUGAUUGGUAUGCUCUUGGUGCUUUGUCAUUCGAGAUGGUCGCUGGACAACGACCAUUUGAAGCCGAAAGUGAAGAAGAACUAUUCAAAGCAGUGUUGCAAAAUAACUUAGUAUUUCCAGAGUGGGUUUCUCCAGAGGCGAUGUCUGUUAUACAAGCUUUUAUGACCAAAAAUCCUGCCGAACGAUUAGGCUGUGUUGCAGCCGAUGGUGGCGAAAAUGCUAUAAGAGUCCAUCCAUUUUUCAAACAUCUAGAUUGGGAAGCUCUCGAAGAGCGUAAAGUAAAACCUCCAUUCAAACCUAAAAUUAAAGAUGAAAAAGAAGCCUUGAAUUUUGAUAUAAUAUUUACAACAGAGGAUCCUGUGUUAACGUCGGAUUCAGACGGAUCGUUCGUCAUCGAUCAAGAAGAGUUUCGUGGUUUCUCCAUAAUAAAUAAGGACUUCAAUCCAUCCAGAUAUGCUAUGCAGUAA